CUGUUACCAGAGGUCGAAUUUAGUCGUGACGUCGUUGUUGCGUUACUGCGUAGCGAACCCGAACCCAGAACGCCCAAGCGUUUUAGUACUACUAAGGUAGGGCUGCCCAGGUGUAACCAUUUGAGCUUGUUUUUAGCUGCCGGCGUACCCCUGUCUAGCCUGUCUAGGCUCUAGCUCAUAGGUACCUAAUGACGCCAACAUCCAGCAUUUUAGUUGCAUUAGGAAGUGUAAUUUCAGGUACCUCCUUCAUCAGCUAUCGUCAUUUCGUAAUGGAUGCGGUCUUUGUCGAUCGUCUUGGCGGCAUCUUUGAAAGAGCUAGCGAAGACAUAAAAUCUUUGCGCUCUCAACUUACGAGUAACAAUGUCAACACCUAGGUGACACCGCGUGUUUUGCAACAACACAAUGGCACCGUCAUUCGUUAAAGAGCUCCUUCAGCUCACCGCAUUCGUGCUUCCAGCACUCCAGACUUGCUCAGCUGCCUCCCUUUACUCCACCUACCAAUUCAAUCCUCUCGAGCAUCUGGGCGGUGUAGCGCCAUACUUCGAACCGCAAGAUCCGUCAGCAUCGCCAUCAACUCCUCAGGGCUGCACGACGUCGAGGGCGGUCUAUCUCAACCGCCAUGCUGCGAUCUAUGCCAACGACUACGAUUACGAGGAAUACAUCGAUCCCUUCGUCUCCAAGUUAGAAAACAACACGGCUACCGACUGGACCAAGAUCCCGUCGCUGAGCUUCCUCGCUGGCUGGACGGUUCCGCUGACGGAUGCUGAGCAAGAGUUGCUGACGCGGGUCGGCAGACUCGAAGCCACCCAGCUCGGCGUCACCCUCUCAUUCCGGUACCCGAACCUCAAGCUGCCAUCGCGCAUCUGGACGUCGUCCGCCGAGCGCACCGUGAAGUCGGCGCAGUCGUUAGCGAGAGGGUUGGAGCUCGACGAGAACGAGAUCAACGUGGUCAGCAUUUAUGAAUCGGAGGAAGCGGGCGCGGAUUCCUUGACGCCAUACAAGAGCUGCCCGGCCUAUUCGUCAUCGUUUGGGAGCGACCAAUCGGCGGUUUACCUGGAGAAGUUCACGAAACCCAUCAUGGCGAGACUGAACGCGUUAGCUCCCGGGUUUAAUUUCACGGCUAACGAUGUCUACGGCAUGAUGGAGUUAUGUGGAUAUGAAUCGGUGAUUCGGGGAAGCUCGCCGUUCUGUGAUCUGGACUUGUUUAGCCCAGAUGAUUGGCUAGGAUGGGAGUACACGGCCGAUGUUAUGUACCACUACAAUGUGGGAUACGGCAAUACCAUUUCUGGAGUUGUAGGAUUGCCUUGGUUCAACGCGUCGGCAAAUUUGCUUUUGGGGGAGUCGAGCGAUGAGCAUGAUAUAUACGUCAGCUUUACCCACCGCGAGUUGCCUCCAAUGGUGUUUGUGGCCAUGGGCUUGUUCAAUAACUCCGAGUUUGGUGGAAGCGAGGCUACUAUCAAUGAUACGAUGCCGCUCGACCGGAUUAACUACCGACGGGCAUGGAAAAGCUCGCAUGUACUCCCGUUCUUGAGCAACCUGGCUAUUGAGAGGUUGAACUGCUCGGGCAGCUAUGGUUACGAGGAUGGUGACUAUUACCGAGUGUUGGUGAAUAGCGCACCUCAGCCGUUACCGAACUGUGCCGAUGGACCGGGAACGACAUGCUCAAGGUCUGGGUUUGAGCAGUACCUGCAAGAGAGGGUUGACAUGUUCCAAGGCUUCUCCGAAAAGUGUGGUGUCGACUACAAGAACUCGACAGAUACUGUGUCUAUCUAUACCAACCCGGCGGUGGGCAACGGCACCGUCGUUGGAAAGAGAUACGAAGCGUUCAAGAAUUAAUGUAACUUGACUAAUGUUUAUGACGUGAUCACGAUUUAUACAUAGGUCAGGUCAAGGACCUCGCGCAGGAGCAGUUGAAUCAAGACCUUAUUGGAUGUAGAUAAUGAGCCUUGGAAUUGGAUGAUAAAAAACUAGAAUCGGCAGGUACAUAAUAAAAGGCCCAAUCAAAAGCUGACAUCAUAGAUUCAAACAAGAUUUUGACUAGCGUGGCGCUAGAAAGGUUUAGCGGCUUCUAAAGUGUUCAACGAACCAGCGAGUCGGGUAUUCUCGUGCGUCAAUCUCGUGCAUCAAUCUACG